AUGCCCAGUUCCCAAGCACGACGGCCCCAGCAAGAGCAGCCGCGCGUGACUUGCCCCGUCUCCUUCCCCGUUCCCCGUCCUCGUACCCCGUCCGCGUCAUCGUCUCCCCUCGGCAUACAUGUACAGCGGAACAUUGCGACACAACCCAAACGACCGCCGCGAAGGGCAGGCCGCAGAGACAAGCUGCCUCUGCACAAGGCACGAGCGCGCCGCACCCAAGUCCCAUCGCUCACAGCUCGAAAGCCUUCUCCUUCUCCAGCCCUUUAUGACGGUCUCAAGGUCCUCGACCCACACCAGUCCUCGAGAGGCGGGCGGGUCAUCGUCGAGAUGCUUUUGAGGGCUAGACACGGAUCCAUCAGCGGCGAGCUCGAGCGACGGCGACCAGCAGCACUCACCUGUGCAUUUUGCGUUUACAGGCAGCUUCUGCGCGCAAUCGGCGCUUUAUACUGCCGAGGAGGAACUGUACAGCAGUCCCCGGUGGCUUGCGGCAGGCCCCCGGAUGCGGUGCCCGGGGGCCGGUGGGACGAUGGACGGGGAACGAGCGUCGCAGCCGACUGA